GAAGUUUUAAAACUGUCACAGUAGAUCUUCUCAUCGAUAUUCCUCUUGGAUUAUAAUUUACUAUGGACCUUAAAGGAAUAAUAUUUGCCAUGGCUACAUUUCAAGUUUGUCUUUGCGGAUUCAUUGGAGGUGGAGGUGAUGGUGGUCAGCUAGGUAAAGGUGGAAUAGAUAUUUUAAACGGAGGAUUCGGAGGUGGAGCUGGACUAGGAAACCAUGGUAACAAUGCUGGAUUAGCUCUUGUUGUUCCCGUUGAUGGUCUUAAAAUUGGAGGACAAGGAGGCGGAUUUGGUGGAAAAGGAGGCUUUGGAGGAUUCGGAGGUCAUAAUACAUUCGGUGAUCUCGGUAUUGGUGGAGGAGGAUUCAACAUCGGAGGAGGUCUAGGAUGGAGACCAAAAGGUUUAGUAGGAAAUAAUUUUGGAGGAUUUGGUGGAAAAGGAGGAUUUGGAAAUUUUGGUGGAGGAUUUGGAAACUUCGGAGGAAAAGGUGGAUUUGGAGGAGGAUUUGGCAUUGGCGGAGGAGGUUUUGGUUUGAGACCUGGAUUCGGAACUAAUAAAGGAAGUGCAUGGAAAUAGAAAAAAAUAUCGAAACCUUCUUUUUCAACUAUUAAGAUACGCCAUCCA